GCAGACAUCACAAACGUCAUAAAUCAUUGCACCACCGCAGUCCCUGGGUAUAGCUCACCAUUUCGCGAUGCGCAUACAGCAGCCGGUGGGCUCAAGAGGAGCUCGGAAACCGUGAUUUGCACUUCGGCGUUCGCACAUGAAAGGGUCUGAGCUAUCUACACAAGCUACUGAAUAAUGACCAGCAUGGGGCAGCGAGCCUUCUGACCUCUCCUGGCCGUCCCCUCCACUUCUCUGCCGUCUCGCCGUCCCCUCUCCCCCAUCUCUCUAUCGCUGUCUGGAAAAUAUGUCUGCUGCCAGUUUUACGCUCACCCUCCUCCCUACCAGAGAGCCUUGCUUCGACGAGUCACUACCGGAUGAUCCUCUGACUGGGUAUGCCAAGUCCGAUUCUGUACCAGUGAACACCCCAUUCGGGGGAAAGCUCCUAUGGGUCGGGAAUGCGACGUGUGUCAUUGAGGUCAAUGGCAUCCGUUUCAUGACGGAUCCGAACUUCUUGCACCAAGGGGAUCACGUUCAUCUUGCGCCAGGGGUGACCGCUCACCGUGUCAAAGACCCUGCCUUCGAUUACAAGAACUGUCCAGCCGUGGACUUCAUCCUCCUCAGUCACCUGCACGCAGACCACUUCGACGAUCUUGUCGCAGAGCACAUUCGCAGGUCGCUCCCGAUCGUCUCUACCCCGCAUGCGUGCACGGACCUGAACAAGCGUGGUCACAGUGUGCUGUACCCGCUCGACACCUGGCAGAGUGUGCGUGUUAUCAAGGGCGCCGAUGAGCUUACGAUCACGAGCAUGCCCGGUAAACAUACGGUCGGCAUUCUUGGAGCCGUGAAUUCGGUAGUCCAUAUGAUCCCGCCCGUGAUGGGCAGUCUCGUUGCGUUCAAGAAGGCGGACGAGGAGAAAGAUUAUAACCUAUACAUUUCGGGGGACACACUCUACUAUGAUGAGCUCCAGGAAAUUCAUGAGAGGUAUCCGCACAUCAAUCUAGCGUUGGUUCACCUUGGCGGCACAACCCUUCCAGUCAUACAAGUCAUGGUCACAAUGGAUGCUUCCCAAGGCAUCAAGUUGAUCUGCGCGCUGCAGCCUGAUCAAGUCAUUCCGAUUCACAUCGACGAUUACGAUGCCUUCAAAUCUCCAUUGUCAGAUUUCGUGAAAGAGGUGGAGAAGGCCGGUUGGACGAAUCGGGUGAUCUACCUCAACCGUGGCGAAGAAUUUGCUUUCUAAAUCGUUGCGACGAUCGACGGAAGAUGACAUGAAAGGAAGACGCUGUACUAUAACUUUGUCCGCGAAUCACAAGCUCAUAUCGUAACCCAAC